AAAAAGUUUACACAGGCACUCGGCUGCGUGCGGCGGAACAGAGCAAAGCUUGCGAGGGAAUGUAGAGAGGAACCGAGGCCCGCGGCGAAAUCCAUCCACGCGCCAUUUUUAAUCGCGCUCUUCCCGCAAACCCCCCAGUUCCGCUCCACAUUGCCCUGCUCCCCCACUCCAACUGGCGUCUGCUUGCCCGGGGAAUGCGACCGCGCGCCAGAGCAUGCCCCGCCCGGAGCCCGAGCUAGGGUUCCCCGCUGCCCCCACCGCCCCCGCCCGCGCGUCCAAGCCGCCGCCGGAGCGCCGCCGUAAGAAGCAGCCGCCGACGAGGCGGAGGCGACCGCCCGGUGCCGCACCGGUGGGGCCGGGACCACGCGGCGCGGCCGAUCCAGAUCCGGCGCACUCCUCCGCGCUGCUGCCCUUUCCCAGCGGCGGCAGCGGCUUCGCCUCGCGGGGCACGGUUGCGCCAGACGAGGAAGAGGGGGGAGACGCCGCGAGCUCGGCUGAAUCGGAGGAAGUGGCAGAGGCAACAAAUGAUUCGUUCUCCUACUCAUUAAGAGAGUGCCAGAAGCAGCGGCGGCUUAAGUCAGAGAGGUCUGCACUGGUGCGGCCACCGGCCUCGCAUGAGCUCAAUAGUGCCGGAGGUAUUGAGCUGCUAGUGCUCUCGCCGAGGUGCUUGAUUGGGGGUAACCCGGGAGGAAUGAGCAAGAGCUCAACGACAUCAUCCCGGAGCAGAUCAGGCACAGGCACGUUCCCAAGCCCUGGGACUCCGAACUACAACCGGCAUUGUGCAGGCAGCAUGCAGUACUCCAAGGGUUGGAGUUCAGAGCGCGUGCCACUGGGCACUGGUAGCAAUAGAAGGUAUGGGGGCAGUGGGGUUGUGCUUCCGUUUAACAAUGGGAGGAAGCUGCCAUCGAAAUGGGAGGAUGCGGAGAAGUGGAUCCUAAGUCCGGUUUCAUGUGAUGGUAUGGGAAGGAUGUCUGCACCGGCUCCGCAUCAUAGACGGCCCAAGUCGAAGAGUGGGCCACUUGGCCAUCCAGCUGGCAUUCCGGGGGCUUAUGCGGCUGUUUCACCGCUUGUUCCUUGCUUUGAUGGUGUGCUGGCAGCAGCUAAUUUCGCAGCGCAUUCACCUUUCUCUGCUGGGGUUCUCAUACCAGAGCAUGGGCGCAUUGGCGACUUCAGCAGCGGAAGAGGCAGAUGUGGUGAUGAUGGUAGCAGCAGAUCCUACUCUGCUGAGAAGGAGCCAUAUAUAUUAAGAUCUGCAAGCAUACAUGCGUGGACAGAAACACUUAUGGAGGCAUCUGCUUUUGCUAAUAUCUCAGAAGAAACCGUGCAAGAUGAUAAACUGCAAGGCCAGACAGAAGAAACUUCCAUGAUUUCCAGUCCAAUCAUAAAGAAAGAUGUCGGCACACAGAUGAGUCCUGAGGAUAGUAUAUCAUCUUCUCCAAAAGCGAGGCAUUCCUGCUCCAGUCUGCCUUCAGGACAUCUGAUAAAAGAAGCAAAUAGUCAUAUACAUAAACCUGAAAUUAGGGACGUGCAGGUUGAUGACCAAGUAACUGUGACCCGGUGGUCCAAGCGACAUGUGACACGAGGCUCUGAUAAGAGGUCAACAAAUAUCGUUGAAUGGAGGAAGAAGACCGUUGAAACUCGAGCUCCAUCUUUUGAUGAAAAAGAAAGAGAAAGAUGCAUGUCAAAGUGCAAAAGGGAGGAAGCAAAGAUCACAGCUUGGGAAAAUCUACAGAAAGCAAAAGCAGAGGCAGCUAUUCGGAAGCUGGAGAUGAAACUUGAAAAGAAAAGAUCAUCGUCAAUGGACAAAAUUUUAGGCAAACUUCGCUCUGCUCAGAAGAAAGCACAAGACAUGCGAAGUGUAGUUUCUUCUAGUGAAGAUCAGUGUAGUACGAGGACAACCAAGAAGAAAUCUUCCUUUGUCAAAACUGGCAAGCCUUUCAGCUGCUGCUUUACCUACCGUGCUUGCUAGUUGUGGCACAGUUGGUGCCUCUGGAUCCAGCAAUGAAUAUAGUUCUAUUGAUACUAGCAGUGUCUAUCUUUCUCAAGAGCUCUUCUCAGGCUACAGUUAUGGAUGUGAAGUCAGUUGGAUUUUGACUACAUGGUCUAAUUGUCAAUGAGAUUUGCACAAUCUGAUGAACAAGAUAUCAUUAUGGAGCAGCAGAUGAAGAAAGUCAUUGAGCGAAAUCCACUCAUGUAGCUAAUGGCGUGGACUCCUGAAUACUGCAGUAUAGUCUGCGACAAUGAACUGUACACCCGGUAGAAAAAGUCCGUUUCAUGAGCUUCAUGCUAGUUAGAAUCUGAAUUGAGCUGAUAUUCAUCCCGCUUGAUGUGUAGCUUUCCUGGAAUUGUGUAUGUAACCCAAAUCAUGGGCCCAUUACACGUAAUGAAAAAAAGGUCAGGGCUGCGCCUUUAUAA